AAAAAAAAAAACCAGGGUUCUGAAUGAGGGCCGGUGGCAGAGCCGGCCUUCGAAGCUGGCGGGGUUGCUUGAAGCCAUGAAAGCCGGUCGGGCUGCGUGGAGGAGAUGGCUGGAAGCUUUUGCUUUCCUCAGCCUCCUGGCCUUCCUCCUCCUCUCCUUCCCGCCCGCGUCGCCGGCUCUGGCCUCCCCUGAGGAGAAGCUCCGGCAAGCCUGCAACACCUGUCGAGGGAUCGUCGACCGGUUCACUCAGGGUCUAACAGACACAGCAAAGAAGAACUUCGGAGGUGGCAAUACAGCGUGGGAAGAAAAAACAUUAUCAAAAUAUGAAUCAAGUGAAAUUCGUCUUGUAGAAAUUAUAGAAAAUCUGUGUGACAGUAGUAACUUUGAAUGCAACAAUAUGGUAGAGGAGCAUGAAGAACAUAUAGAAAUUUGGUGGUUCAAACGGAAGAAGAAUCACCCUGAUUUGUUUAAGUGGCUUUGUAUUGAAACAAUUGAAGUUUGCUGCCCUGUUGGAACACAUGGACCAGACUGUGUUGCUUGUCGUGGGGGAUCAGAAAAGCCUUGCCAUGGAAAUGGCGAUUGUGAUGGAGAUGGCACUAGAGCUGGUGAUGGAUCAUGCAAGUGCAAAAAGGAGUAUCAAGGAGAAUUCUGUUUGGAUUGUUCUGAUGGAUUCUACAACUCUUACAGAAAUGAUACGCAUUCUGUUUGCACAGCUUGUCAUUAUUCAUGCAAAACAUGUACUGGGGCAACCAACAAGGACUGUAAAGAUUGUAAAGAUGGUUGGCUUAGGCAUGAAGAAGCCUGUGUAGAUGUGGAUGAAUGUGCAGUAGAAGAAUCUCCUUGCAAUUCUGAUCGAUAUUGUUUGAACACAGAUGGUUCUUUCGCCUGCAAAGCGUGUGAUCUCAGCUGCUUGGGAUGUACAGGAGAAGGGCCUAAUAAAUGUAAAAGCUGUGUAACUGGCUACGAAAUGAAAGAAGAAACAUGCACAGAUAUAGAUGAGUGCUCACACACUGAAGAAGUAUGUACAGGCGAAAAUACGAAUUGUAUUAAUACUCCAGGAGGUUACAAAUGUAUCUGCUCAGAGGGCUUUGAAGACAAAGAAGGCAUCUGUGUUCCAUCCAUAAAAGCAGAAGAGAAAUCAUCAGCAAAUACAAGUUCAUCUGAUAUCCAUGAAGACUUAUGAUCCACAUUCCAAGAUGAGACAUCGAUAUCUAACCCUUAAAUUAUUGAGCUGAAAACCACUAUCCAAGGCGAUAUGUAAAUGGUGUUAUAUAAGUGCAGGUUGCCAGUGAUUCCCUUUGGAAAUAAAUGAAAAAUUGUGCUUAAAAUUGCAUUUCUGUACAAAAUAAGAACGACUACUUUUUAUACAGGCGUUAUACUAUCCUAGUACUUCUAUCCUAGUAGAAGUGAUUAGUGACAUUUGCUUAAAUCGAAUGGAUUGUGCCCAUUUCAGCACUAUUCGUCAUUUGUGGAGCAAUAGAAAAGGAAAAUACUUGGCAAACGAAAGACUUAGAUUUGGACUUUUUUUAAUUCUUUUUCAAUGUUGGUAAAAGAAGACUGGCAUUUGGAAAAAAUGAGUAAAAUCUUGAUGGUCAACUUUGUCAUUAAAGAUUUAUUGUGGCUGCUUUGUAUUUUC